AUGUUGGAUAACUGGAAACAAGGGGACAGUCCUGUUGAAAAGCACAGACAGUUCUAUCCCAGCUGCAGCUUUGUACAGACCCUGCUUUCAGCCAGUCUGCACUCUCCGUCUAUGUCUCCUGUGAAAAGUCGAUUUGCACAUUCGUCACCUCUGGAACAAGGUGGCAUUCACUCCAACCUGUGCUCUAACCCUCUUAAUUCUAGAGCAGUGGAAGACUUCUCAUCGAGGAUGAAUCCCUGCAGCUAUGCCAUGAGUACAGAGGAGGCCAGAUUUCAUACUUACAGUAUGUGGCCUUUAAGUUUCCUGUCACCAGCAGAGCUGGCCAGAGCUGGCUUCUAUUACAUAGGGCCUGGAGACAGGGUGGCCUGUUUUGCCUGUGGUGGAAAACUGAGCAACUGGGAACCGAAGGAUGAUGCUAUGUCAGAGCAUCGCAGACAUUUUCCCCACUGUCCAUUUCUGGAAAAUACUUCAGAAACACAGAGGUUUAGUAUAUCAAAUCUAAGUAUGCAGACACACUCUGCUCGAAUGAGGACAUUUCUAUACUGGCCACUUAGGGUUCCUGUUCAGCCCGAGCAGCUUGCAAGUGCUGGAUUCUAUUAUGUGGAUCGCAAUGAUGAUGUCAAAUGCUUUUGUUGUGAUGGUGGCUUGAGAUGUUGGGAACCCGGAGAUGACCCCUGGAUAGAACACGCCAAAUGGUUUCCAAGGUGUGAGUUCUUGAUACGGAUGAAGGGUCAGGAGUUUGUUGAUGAGAUUCAAGCUAGGUAUCCUCAUCUUCUUGAGCAGCUGUUGUCCACUUCAGACACCCCAGAAGAAGAAAAUGCUGACCCUACAGAAACAGUCAUGCAUUUUGGCCCUGGAGAAAAUUCGGAAGAUGCCGUCAUGAUGGGUACGCCUGUGGUUAAAGCGGCCUUGGAAAUGGGCUUCAGUAGGAGCCUGGUGAGACAGACGGUUCAGCGUCAGAUCCUGGCGACUGGCGAGAACUACAGGACUGUCAGUGAUAUUGUCUCAGCACUUCUGAAUGCUGAAGAUGAGAGAAGAGAAGAGGAGAAGGAAAGACAGACUGAAGAGAUGGCAUCAGAUGACUUGUCACUGAUUCGGAAGAAUAGAAUGGCCCUCUUUCAACAGUUGACACAUGUCCUUCCUAUCCUGGAUAAUCUUCUUGAGGCCAGUGUAAUUACAAAACAGGAACGUGAUAUUAUUAGACAGAAAACACAGAUACCCUUACAAGCAAGAGAGCUUAUUGACACCGUCUUAGUCAAGGGAAAUGCUGCAGCCAACAUCUUCAAAAACUCUCUGAAGGAAAUUGACUCCACAUUAUAUGAAAACUUAUUUGUGGAAAAGAAUAUGAAGUAUAUUCCAACAGAAGACGUUUCAGGCUUGUCAUUGGAAGAACAGUUGCGGAGAUUACAAGAAGAACGAACUUGUAAAGUGUGUAUGGACAGAGAGGUUUCUAUUGUGUUCAUUCCUUGUGGUCAUCUAGUAGUCUGCCAGGCGUGUGCCCCUUCUCUAAGGAAGUGCCCCAUCUGCAGGGGGACAAUCAAGGGGACUGUGCGCACAUUUCUCUCAUGAGUGAAGAAUGAUCUGAAAGUAUUGUUGGACAUCAGAAGCUGUCUGAACAAUGAAUGAGCAAAGAUUGAGCUCUUNAGCAGGACAUUCUACUCUCUUUCACGAUUAGUAAUCUUGCUUUAUGAAGGGUAGUAUUGUAUAUUUAAUCUUAGUCUGUUGCAAAGGAAGGUCUAUGCUGUUGAGCUACAGGGGUGUGUCUGUUCCAGAGCAGGAGUCAGGAUGCUUGCUGUGUGUCCUUCAGGACUUGUUGGAUUUGGAGUUUGUGAAAGCUUUGGAUUCAGGUGAUGUGGAGCUCAGAAAUCCUGAAACCAGUGGCUCUGGCACUCAGCAGUUAGGGUGCCCUGUGCUUCUUGGUGCUUUUCCUUUCUGGAAAAUAAGGAUUUUUUUCUGUUACUGGUAAAUAUUUUCUGUUUGUGAGAAACAUAUUAAAGAGUUUUUUUUAAAGGCUUGCAUCAUUGUAGUGUGUGCAGGGAUGUAUACAGGCAGAA